CGCACCCGGCUUGGGUGCCACAUGCAAGGUGGGGAGUGGGGCCGGGGGGAACAGAGCCAACCCCCUGGCCGGCCGGGGAAGGCCGGCUCUGCGGGGAUCCGGGUGCGAAGGGGCCUGCCUGGGAGGCCGGGCACGAGUCCGCCGGCUGGGAGCAGCCGGGCCUUCCAGGAACCGGCGUGUUUGCGCUUCUCCCCAAUUUAUGACCGCCGGCCAUAUGGCCAAUAUUUCGCCUCGCGCGUCACGCGCCGCGGAGGAAAACAAACAGCGCGGGGCAAGGCGGAGAGGGGGAGCGCCGGGCGAGCGGCCACGGGGCCGGCCCUGCAAAGCGCCGCCGGAGACAAUGUGAGGGGCAGCCGAGCCGGGGCGUCGCGCGUGGCUAUAUAAAGCGGCCCCCGCAGGCCCCGGCGCAGCAGACAGGCGCCUUCGGAGCUCGCCAGCGCCUCGCCCACCGCAGAGCAGCUCCCGGCUCGCUCCAGGUUCAUAUGUGGAGACCAACCUUAUAUGGACUGCUCUCUCCAGCAAUGGCUUGUUUUCCCCAAGCAGCAGGCAGCCGAUCCGUGUGUUUAAACGAGACCCUGAAGUAAAACGCACUUUGGCAUUUUUCCUGGAGUUACAAACUAUUUCAGAAGCCAGUUGCCACUUGUGCUCCGUGAUUUUUUUUUUCUUCCGCAGCAGAGCAAGGCUGUAAAAUAUCUAUCUAUAUCGCAGCUGAUUUUUCCUCGCUCCCCCCACAUCAACCUUCGUGAUUUUUUUUAUUCUUACCCCCCCCCCCAACAUACACACACCCUCCCCUCUUUCUGGGGUGUGUGCGGUUUGUGGGGUGUGUGUGUUUUGUGCAACAGCGGAUUGACAAACUGGUGCUUCAACUUUCCUGCAUAAAUUUGGCCAGAAUAUGUCUUUGACCAACACAAAGACGGGGUUUUCUGUAAAGGACAUCCUAGACCUCCCUGACACCAAUGAUGAAGAGGGAUCCCUCGUUGAAGGAGCGGAUGAAGAGAACGAGGGGUCGGAACCACCCAAGAAAUCCGGCGUUCUGGGGCAAAACCCGCUGGAGGGGGUUCAAACUCUGCCUUUGAAAAACCCUUUCUAUGAUACCAGUGAUAAUCCCUAUACGCGUUGGCUGGCCAGCACGGAAAGCAUCCAGUAUUCCUUGCACGGGCUGGCCUCCGGCAACUCCCAGCAGGACUCCUCCAGCAAAUCCCCCGACCCCUCCGCCGACGAAUCCCCGGACAACGACAAGGAGACGUCCAGCGCCGGCGACUCCGGCAAGAAGAGGAAGAGGAGGGUGCUCUUCUCCAAGGCGCAGACCUACGAGCUGGAGAGGCGGUUCCGACAACAGCGGUACCUGUCCGCCCCCGAGCGGGAGCACCUGGCCAGCCUCAUCCGCCUCACGCCCACCCAGGUGAAGAUCUGGUUCCAGAACCACAGGUACAAGAUGAAGAGGGCCCGGGCUGAGAAAGGUAUGGAAGUGACUCCUCUCCCCUCCCCACGCCGGGUAGCGGUGCCCGUCUUAGUCAGGGACGGCAAACCCUGCCACACGCUCAAAGCUCAGGACUUAGCCGCCGCUACUUUCCAGGCUGGGAUCCCCUUCUCCGCCUAUAGCGCCCAGUCGCUCCAGCAUAUGCAAUAUAACGCCCAGUACAGCUCCGCCAGCAACCCCCAGUACCCUACAGCGCAUCAUUUGGUGCAGGCCCAACAAUGGACUUGGUGAACAUUGCCGAGAAAAGAGACUGAGGCUCCAAUAUCAAACCUCGGGGGGGGGAUAUGAAUAUUAAUUAUUAUUAUUAAUGAUGAUGCAUUUUCCCCCCUCUCCUAUUUUUCCUCCUUUUUUGGGGUUCAAUUUGUUUCUCUUUUUGGGGAGGGGUUGUUUUUUGUGCGCCAUGUUUACAGAAAUUUUUGCGCCAUGCAGUGGUCCUGUCUACCUACAACUAAAAAUAAAAAUACUACUAGUAAUAAGAAUAAACCAGUAUGCUCUUGUGAUUGCGUAAAGUACUUUUGUGUGCUGUAGAGCUGUUGUCAGUCGUAUAUAAAACAAGUGGAGGACACUUUAAAAAUAGAGAAUUUGAUUUCCCUUUUUUUAUAUGAAACGUUACCUAUUUAUGGCCAUGUAUAAAUUCUGACAACUAUUCGCGGUAUAUAUUUUUUUGUAAAUAUCGGUGGUUAUUGUUGCCAUAAGUAACAUUCAGGGCGGUUUAUUUUCUUUUCGUCUUUUGGUUGGGUGCAAAUCUUUCCCAAAUAUUAAGCAAGCAAACAAAAUGUAGAAGGAAAAGAAAUGUUUGGAUCAUCUCCAUAGAAAUCUCCAGCGAAUCAUUGUGUAUAAACCCGGGGGGCGCGCGCUGCGGGGAGGUUUUCGAUUUUUUGAUAGGAAUUUUAAUAAAAAUGCUGUGUUUAAAAAAAACCAACCCAACAACCAAAGACCGUUUUUGUUUGACUUUGUGGCUAACACGGGAUCACCGCAGACCCCUCACUUUAAAGCGACAUAGAUAGGACUGAUUCUUUAGGGGGAAGGCGAGCCUGAUUAUAUGAUCAAUGAGAUCUUCGCUGGGUGCCAGUUGGUUUGUGGGGAAUGAUGAACUCUUUACUCGGAAAUCCGUGCUUGGCCUGCUGCGGAUUUCCAGCCAACAGCUCAGCGGAGUUUCUCCCCUCUUAGAACUUUUAGGGAAACUUUAAUCACCCUCCCCAAACUUUCUGCAGACAAUCAGGGAUCUUUUUUCUUCUUCUUCUGCGUUCUGCCUCAUUGUGUCUACUUGAGAGACAAAGGCGCUGGAGUGACUUUGUGGAAAUGAAAAAAUAAGCCCCACCACUCACUUAAAUGUUAGAGUGCCCCUUCAGCGGAGAAGCUUUUGAGUCCAGAUCGUCUCAAUGGCUUGCCUUUGCUCGGGGGUUGAUCUAAGCGGCGUGAGUUCGAAGUCCUCCUUUAGCCAGCAGUGGUUGGUAGGCGGCUGAUGGGUGGCAGGGGGGUGAGUUCAUACCCUCUUUCUGCUCCUGCGGCCAGAUAACGCUUUGGGGCAAGUCGUGGGGCACACGGGGAUCUCCCUGAACGCGGUCGGAUUUGGAAUGCAAAGUUUGCCCUAAAACCCGUUUUAACCAAACGGAAUUUGUCAUCUCCGUCCCGCGACUGGCUCCCUGGAGAUCCCCUUCUGCGUGUGAUGACACGCGUGGGGAAUUUGCGGGGUGCCGCCGCGUAUGGGGAGCUCUCCAGAUGCGGUGGGAUUGUGUAGGAAAGUUUGUCUAAACCGUGUUUUAAAGCAAAACUUCCUCUGGCUCUUUAAAUGAUCAGGUUAGAAUAUGCAUUUAAAAGACGCACAGAUCCAGCUAGAAAGCGAGUGUGUGUGUUAUGGGCGCGUGUGUGUGUAUAGGUACACAAUUUUUGCCUCUCACUCUGUUCUCUCUCCCCCUUGUAUAUAAUAGAUGCACGCACACACGUUUUUUAGGCGCAAACCUACUCGAAUAUGCCCGGAGUUGACCCGAAAUGCAUUGGCCCCUCUGUCGUGGGGAGAGAGGUUACUUUCCAGCCAGGCUCUUUUCACUCUUCCCGAGUUGAAUGCUGCCCCGUUUCUGAAACUGUCCCUCUUGCUAUAAGCUCGACAAACAGCAGGGACGGCGGGGGCUGGGAGCACGGAAAGCAAACGGAACCGUCCCCACUGAAUUCCCAGCCGAGCUCUUGUGGAUGAUCAGAUUUAAUUCAAUAUCGCGCGCAAACAUGAUUAUCUGUAACAAAAUCGGCGGCGAUCCAUAGC